AAGACCAUCAAGAUGGCGGCUGUGAAAGACUCACAGAACCCUCAUCUUAUUGAUGAGUUAGAGGGAUCAUUUUUGAGUUGCAUGGAAAGUUUGACAUCUCAGGAAUAUUUCAAUGUCCAAGACUUAGAAGAAAUCAAAACAGGAAUGGAGUUAAGCUUACAGAAAUUUCUGGAACUAGCGAGGCAAACAGAGGCAUUCUUUCUUCAAAAACGUUUAAUACUUUCAAAACAAAAACCAGAACAGUUUGUAAAAGAUGAAACAGAAGAUUUACGUGCUGAACUUGAAAGGAAAGAUAUUAUGAUAAAAAAACAUCAGGAACGAUUACAGAAAUGGCAGACCAUGUUAAAUUCUGUGAACAAAGGAUCUUUUUAUACUUCCCCACCACAACAACAAAUGUCAGGUCCCACUGGGGGGCAGCAGUAUCCCUCCCACUCUGUCCCCCCAGGACCAUUCACAGGUGGUGGGGGGAUGCCUGGACAAACUCACAUGGGCCUGUCCUCUUCUGCAAUGUCAGGGGGACAAUAUUCACAAACUGUACAGCAACAGUCUUCUCAUAUGAUGUUGCCUAGACAGGGAUCUACCCCGGGUGUACAUCAACAGCAGCCCCCUCCUGCGUAUCCUCAGGGACCUCUACAGUUCCUAGAACAAAGCAUGUCCAGUAUUGGAAUGCCACGAACAUAGUGUCAAAGCUGUCAUUCUGCAUAUAUAUAUAUAUACACAUACAUACUGUUUUUAUUUUAAAUCAUUCUGUAAUGAAAUGCCACAAACAUGGUAAUAUAGCUGUAAUAAAAAUAUUUGUUCAU